AUGGGAAGAUCACCUUGCUGUGAUAAGAAUGGAAUUAAGAAAGGUCCAUGGACCCCAGAGGAGGAUCUUAAGCUCAUUCAAUAUAUUCAGAUGCAUGGAUCAGGCAACUGGCGAACCCUUCCAAAGAAUGCAGGGCUUCAGAGAUGUGGAAAGAGUUGCCGUCUUCGUUGGACAAACUACUUGAGACCCGAUAUCAAGAGAGGGAGAUUUUCGUUCGAAGAAGAAGAAACUAUAAUCCAAUUACACAGUGUUCUGGGGAACAAAUGGUCUGCCAUAGCGGCUCGCUUGCCCGGAAGAACAGACAAUGAAAUCAAGAAUUUUUGGAACACCCAUGUUAGAAAAAGGCUUCUCCGAAUGGGUAUUGAUCCGGUGACUCAUAGUCCUCGUCUUGAUCUUCUAGACCUAUCAUCCAUUCUCAACUCAACUCAGCUUAACCUUUCAAACUUACUUGGGCUUCAAGCACUUGUAAACCCAGAACUGAUGAGGCUAACUGCUCUUUUAGCAUCAAAUCAUGAAAACCCUGAUUUUUUAUUGCAUAAACUUCAAGAAAACCAACUCUGCAAUCAAGAAAACCUAUUGCAAAACCAAAGCCAAAUGUUCCGAGCCCAACAAUUGCAAGCACUUUCCCAAGAUGUUCCUAUUUGCAACCCAUCAAGUGUUCCUUGCAACUCAUUUCUAAAUCCAACACAACUCAUGCAAGAGAAGAUGGGGCAAUUAUCAACGAACUCGAUGAACUUGAGCUGCCAAAAUUUCCAAGAAAAUUUAGCAUCUUCAAAUUUUACAGAAACUCUUGUUACCCAACCAAAUUAUGGUUUUUGCGGGUCUGAUCAGAUCAGGAACGAUGAUGCACCAGAAAACUCACCUUUGCCGUCCUUGAACAACAGCAGCAGCAGCAAUAACAGCCGGAACUUCAGCUUUGAAUCAAUUAUAUCGACACCUGUAUCAAGCCCAACGCCCUUGAAUUCAUCGUCAACAUUCAUCAACAACAGCAGCACAGAAGAUGAGAUGGAAAGCUAUUGCAGCAAUUUGUUGAAGUUUGAAAUUCCCGAGAGUUUUGAGUUCGAUGAUUUUAUGUGA